AUGUCAGCGCAUGGUGGUGAAGAAGGCCACUUUCAGCCUAUUAAGGAAGCGCAGGAACAGUCUCUACCUGGUUCUGAGGAUGAGUUAAAGCCAACCAGCGAGUCAACUAAGCUAGAGGGUGCAAAAGGCUUUGUGGAGUACAUACCAGCGGGAAAGCUUAAGGGUAAGAAAGCGUUGAUCACAGGCGGAGACUCCGGUAUUGGUCGCUCAGUCGCAGUACAUUUCGCCAGAGAGGGUGCCGAUGUCUCUAUUGUGUUCCUACAAGAAGAGCAGAAGGAUGCAGAAGAGACCAAGAAGCUUGUCGAAAGGGAAGGGAAAGAAUGCCAGCUUAUCGCAGGCAGCUUGGUGGAAGAGGAGACGUGCAGAGAUGCAGUGAAGAAGCAUGUCGAUAAGUUCGGAGAGAUCAAUAUUCUUGUCAACAACGCAGGCAAACAGUCAAUGUGUAAAGACUUCGCAGAAAUUGACCUAAUCGUGGUGGAGGACAUCUUUCGCAGCAAUAUUCUUGCUAUUUUCGCAAUUACGAAAUACGCCAUUCCACACAUGAAGAAGGGCUCCUCAAUCAUUAACACUACCUCCACCGUUGCUUUUCGCGGAACAGCGAGCAUGGUCGACUACUCAUCAACUAAGGGCGCCAUUGUCUCUUUCACCCGGUCGCUCGCCAAAAACCUCAUGCCGAAGGGUAUUCGAGUCAACGCAGUUGCUCCGGGGCCAGUACACACACCGCUUCAGCCCGCAUCAAGACCCGCGGAGCAAAUGAAGGGCUUCGGCUCAGAAUCACAGAUUGGCAGACCUGGUCAGCCAAGUGAGAUCGCUCCAAGCUUCGUGUUCCUAGCUUCGAAGGAUAGCGAACUUUAUUACGGUCAGAUCUUGCAUGCCUACCCUCAUGGAGACUAA